UGGUCUUGUGAGUGCUGUGACAUCGGUCCUUUAGAAGGAUUGGACCUAGCUGCUUCCUUACUGCAAUGCAAUGGCAGGAGUGUCGAAUAAACCCAUAGUGUUUGUUACUGGGAAUGCAAAGAAGCUAGAGGAGGUGAUUCAAAUUCUUGGAGACAAAUUUCCUUGCAAACUGGUGGCAAAACAUAUAGACUUACCUGAAUAUCAAGGAGAACCAGAGGAGAUUUCAAUUCAAAAAUGCAAAGAGGCAGCGAGACAGAUUCAAGGUCCUGUCAUAGUAGAAGACACAUGUUUGUGCUUUAAUGCUCUUGGAGGACUUCCUGGACCUUAUAUAAAAUGGUUUCUUGAAAAAAUAAAACCAGAAGGACUGCACCAGAUGUUAGCUGGAUUUGAAGACAAAUCUGCAUAUGCCCUGUGCACUUUUGCUUUCAGCAGCGGAAAUCCAGAUGACCCAGUUCAGCUGUUCAAAGGCAAAACACUGGGGAAAAUAGUGUAUCCACGUGGGCCCAGGGACUUUGGAUGGGAUCCCUGUUUCCAACCUGAUGAUUUUGAACAAACGUUUGCAGAGCUUCCAAAAGAGGUGAAAAACUCCAUCUCUCACCGAUACCGGGCUCUCAAGGAAUUGUCUGACUAUUUCAUCCUGAAUGCAUCUGCUCUAAAGUCUGAAAGCCCAAGCAUGUGUGAUUUGGCAAAAUAAAACCAUUUAUUUCUUUAAGAUA